AUGGGGUCUAAAAAACACAAAAAGGAGUCCAAAAAAAAGAAGCAUAGGAGUAGGUCCCGAUCGCCAUUGGAGGGCGAGGAACGUGAACGAAAACGACACAGAAAACACAAAGACCGCAAAAAGGAUCGCUCUCCCGAUGUGGAGGAAGUUCCGGUAGACUCACAUUUACAACCAAAAGAGGUUCCAAGGUCAAAAAGUCGCAGUAGCAGUGUUGAAGCUGUUCAGUCCCAUGAUGAUAAACCAAGUGAGAAGAAGAAGAAAGUGGAGAAAUCUAAAUCGCCUGUUGCCCCACCUGCUUCUGCUCAGGAGAGCCUCUCCAUUGAAGACACAAAUAAGUUGAGAGCUAAGUUAGGCCUCAAACCUCUUGCAGUUGCUGAAAAACCAGCGGAAGAUGGUAUGUUAAAAGAUGACUUGGGUGAAUUCUAUCAUAAGCCUGCACCCAACAUAUCACAACAGAAAAAGUCCGACAAGAUACGCGAAAAACUUGAAGAACGCAAAGAAAAAAGGAAAUUGGAGACAAAAUUAAAAACAAAUCUCAUUGCUGAUGCUUCUGACGAUGAAGAUGCGUUGGCAUGGAUCAAGAAGUCACGACAAAUGGAUAAACAGAAAAAAGAAGCAGAAAAGCGGGCGGCGAUGCUGGAUGAGAUGGAUCAGGUGUUCGGUGUAGGCGCACUGGUAGCUGAGCAGCAGCUCGAAGAACGACAAAACACCUAUACAGACCGACAUCUGCGGGGACUUCGCGUCGCACACGACAUAGAACAGCUGCCUGAGGAGCGCGAGACGAUCCUGACGUUGGCGGACAAGGACGUGCUGGCCGAAGACAACGAGGAUGUACUCGUCAAUGUCAACGUACUGGACGAUGAGCGUUACAAAAAGAACAUCGAGGAACGUCGCAAGGCCGCUGCAGGUUACCAAGCUUAUGACGAGGAGAGCGAAAUGGCUGCGGCGUUGGGUUACAAUAAGCCGCUUCUGUCCAAGUAUGACGAAACAAUUAAUCCUGAACAUAAGGCGCGUUCUUCUGGAUUCCACCUUGGAGACGAGGCCGCACUUGAAGCUGGACGAUACCGGGAAAUGAUGAGGGCGGAACGCCUGGCAGGAGGUCCUGAUAAGCGUCUGGAGUCACUUCAACUGCCAGCUCUGCGUAUUGCUUCCGACUACAUGGAUGAAGCUGAAAUCAGUACCAAGUUUAAGAAGUUCAAAAAGAAGGGCAAGAUCCGUAAGAAGCCGAAGCAUGAACCCAUUGACGUGGAUGACUAUGAGGCCGGCAACGCGCCGCUCGAUACUGACGAUACAGAUGUAAAGUUCGAGACACUUCAACCUGUGAUGGAUGAGGAGGAGGUGGAAGUGGACGGGGAGCUGCAGAGUGCUGUGGCACGGGCCAGGAGACUCAGGCUGGCAGAGAGACAGGAACCUGUCUUGCCCAAGGUGGAAGAAAUACUAGAGACUGUUAAGAAAGAAGAGUCUGAAGACGAAGAUGCCGAGGGCGGCAGUCGCAUGGUGUUAGACUCCACGGCUGAGUUCUGCCGAACGCUUGGAGAUAUACCCACAUACGGACUUGCCGGAAACCGGGACUCUACUACUGAAAUCAUGGAUUUCGAGCAAGAAGAUUUGGAGCCGGAAGCGGAAUCAGCGAGUGGUUCUGGCGCAUGGAGCCGUGUGGAAUUAGGCAGCGAGGCGCCACCGGAAUUAGUAGCGGGAUCAUCAGUCGGAUUGGGGGCGGAACCAGCGUUGGGUACAGGAGUAGCGGGAGCGUUGCAGGUGGCUCUGAGUAAGGGAUACCUGGAGAGGGAAGGUGCUGCUCCGGCGCCGCGAUCCCGCCUUCAUCAUUUGUUGGAGGCCCACCACUACUCUAUAGAGGAUAAGACAUACGGAGAGGACGACAAGUACAGCAGACGUGAGCGCGGCCAUCACGGCGCCCUCAGCGAAUUUCGGGAGAAAAACAAUUUCCGGCCCAACAUCAAGUUAGAAUACGUCGAUGACGAUGGCCACGCCCUUUGCCCUAAAGAGGCCUUCCGGUAUCUCUCGCAUAAGUUCCACGGCAAAGGGCCUGGAAAGAACAAACAGGAGAAGCGUAUCAAGAAGGCCGUACAAGAGGGGCUUAUGAAGAAGAUGAGCUCAACAGACACGCCACUGGGUACAUUGCACAUGCUGCAGCAGAAGCAGAAAGAGACUCACUCGCCAUACGUCGUUCUUAGCGGUGCCAAGAGGGACAAAAACUAA